AUGGAAAAAACAAAUCAAGAGCCAAACGAAACUAGUGGGGGUAGUUUAGAUGAUCAGGGAAUUCAACUGAAAGAUUCUUCUAUAUCAGAUAGAAAAAGGUACAGGGGAAAGCAUAAUCCAAUUAUAUCGAUCCGUGACUUAUUAACAGAUAAUCCAGAAGAAGAAUUGGAAGCUCCAGACUCACAAAAGCAGUCUAACCCACAAAUAGCCUCAGCUGAUAUGCCUACACCAUCGGUAUCGACGCAGCAACAUCAACAGGAAGAGCCACCUUCUGUAGAAGCUCCUCGCACAUGCCUUCAUCAAAUCAUUGAGUUUCUUAAUUCCAUUCUGGUUGAAUUUGAAAUUACUGAUAACAAACUUAAUAUUGUUCAUGAAGAUUUUUCAAUAAUGCAAGAAUGCUUGGAAUAUAUUAACCGAUUUAUUUCCAUCAAAAAGGUAACAACUGAUACUAAUUCCAGUGGCAAUAAAACAACCUACUACCUUAGAUAUCAAUGCAAUGAUAAUGAUCCAUGUUUAAUAAAGAUUCUGAAAAUAUUCAUCAACCAAGAAUACACAUUCUGUAUCAAUUUAUAUAUCAAUGAAUUGCACGAUCACUACUUAGGAAUCGCCGCAAAUGACACAAAAAAUAGAAAGUUACACGAAAAACUAAUUCUAGUCAGAACUAUAACUUAUGAUCAAAUAGAAUGUUUGCACAAGGGUAAAACUGAUACAGAUUCCUAUCUGAAGAAGUUGCAGCGCCAAAGGGAAAGAAAUAGAGCUAAAACUAGAGCCAACAAAACAACUUCACAGUUGAAAUUAGAGCUUUUGGAUUCUUUAAAAUACUUGGUUCACAGACUUGAAAACGAGGACGGUGAUAAGUACAAAAGUUUGAUAGACUCAACGUAUGUGUAUAUAAAAGCUCUCGAAAGUAGCUGUGGCUUUGAUACCGAAACUGUAUAG